AUGUCAAAUAAAUCUCAUUUAUCUGAAAAGGUUCAAUUGAAUGAAUGGCUUCAAAAGAGGAAAUUACCUCUAUCCAUUUAUCAUACUGAAUAUAAAGGAUCUGAACAUAACAAAGAUUUUAAGUCAAUAGUUAUAGUGAAUGGAAAAGAAAUUGAAUCAGAUUGGAAAAAAACUAAAAAAGAAUCAGAAAAAGAUUGUGCAAAGAGAAUUUUAGAAUUUUUAGUAAAGCUAGAUGGUCACCCUGUUGAAUUUACAUUACCAUCCAAUAGAACAAUAAACCAAAACCCCUGUUCUAUUCUAAAAAAUAUAGACAAUAACCGUAAUAAUAAUAAUACUAAUAAUAAUAAUAAUAAUAAUAAUAAUAAUAAUAAUAAUAAUAAUAAUAAUAAUAAUAAUAAUGAAAUUAUUAUUAUUAAUGAUAGUGAUGAUGAUGAUAAUAAUAGUAACAAUAUACAACAACAACAACAACAACAACAACAACAACAACAACAACAACAACAACAACAACAACAACAACAACAACAACAACAACAACAACAACAGCAACAGCAACAACUAAUACAGUUCAAUAGUGAAGAUUUGGAAUGUUUAAAAAAACCUAUGCAAAAUCCAUUAUCAAACACUCAAUUAUUAAGUUCAAGUAGUGAUGAAGAAGAAAACUCUAGUUCAGACCCAAUAGAUAGUUUUAGUUUCAUUAGAAAAGAUGAUGUUUUGGCACCAACUUAUGACGGUCCAUUAGUUUCAACUAUUAAAGAUAAUAAUCAAACAUAUAAAUUACAAUCAGUUGUAGAUUUACUAAAUAGUAAACUAGAUAUGAUGGAGUCAUCUUAUCAAAAUCAAAUUAGUAUCAUGUUAUAUUCUCAACAAAAAUUACAAAAAGAAGUAGCAUCUUUUAAAUCUUAUAUUGAGAGUUGUUCUCUAAAACCAUUUGGGACCCUUAAAAUACCCGCCUCUGUAAAUCAACCACAAUUAAAUACCACACCCAAACCAAACAAUCAAAUAAUAGAAACAAAUCAACAACCACCACCACCACCACCACCACCACAAGAUACCACUAAAAAGAAAAAUUCAUAUGUAAAUAAGAAAUCCUUAAAAACCAAUUCAGGAAAAACUGAUGAUUGUCAUUCUUUUGAAACCUCUGAUUCAGAAAAUGAUGGUAUAGAGGAAAGCUCUACCACUAAUCCUUUUUAUUUUCAGAGUUACAACUCCUACACAUCCACCUAUCGUGAUGAUGAUGACAAUUAUGACGAUGACAAUGACAAUGACGACGAUGACAAUUAUGACGAUGAUGACAGCACCACCACCACAACCACAAAAGCACUCAAACGACGAGGUACAGAUUCAAACUCAAAUCUUACCGAUUACGAAAUUUAUGAUAAAUCAAGUGAUGAUAUCGACAAUUAUGAUGACAGCUCAAAGGAAUCUGAAAUUGAAAAGAAAGCUAGAGGAUUUUCUGAUAGAGAAGUUAUAAAAGACUCAAUAAGAAAAAGAAGAAGAAAGAGAUACCUCUACAAAUCAUCAGAUGCUACCACAGUGAAUACCGUCAGAUCCUCAUAUGAAGAUUUAGCAACAACAAAAACAACAACAACAACAACAGAAAUACCCUCUACAAAUCAAUUCUCCACAUAUUUCAAUAAUAGUCAAAACGGUCACAACAAAUUUGUACAAACAAAUUUUGAUUUCAAAAAAAUAGAACUUUCUGUCGUAUCUGAUGUGGUACCAGAUUUCAUUUCAUUUUAUGUUUAUGAUGUUGUCAUUUCUCAUCCAUUUCAUGCACAUACAUAUUCACAUAGAGGUAAAAAAUAUUCAUUUUCAAACUUUUUAUUAUAUUCAAGUGAACAACCAUUACCAACAACAACGACAACACCACCAGUUAUACAUACUCUAAAUUCAGUUGGUGAUCAUUUUGGUGUAGGAUUAAUUAAAAGAAGUUAUUGUAGAAUUAGUAAAAGUGAUUUUCAAAAGAUGAUAACAUUUCAUAAUUGUUUCUUUUCACAAAUUCUAGGUCAAAAAUAUUUAGAGCAUUCUGAUCACAUUGAUAGAAUGUUUAUGAUACCAGAAGUAAAAAGUUUAUCAAAUCCAACUCUAUCACUAUUUGAUACUUUGUUGGAGUUAUUAGAAUUUGAUGGGUUACCAGAUGAUUAUGAUCUAUUUCAAGGUGAUGAUUUAGAUUUUCAAAAAAUCAUGGAUAACCUUUUCACUGGAAAGGUAACAGUAUCUAGAUCCAAUCAUUUUGCAAUCUGUAGAAGUGUAGACUUUCAAUCAUUAUCUGAAAUUACAAUGUCACAAAAACGUCAAGAUAUUCAUAAUUUAAAUCAUUUUAAAAAUAUGUUAAAUAAAUUAAAUUUUUAUAAAAAUCAAAAUGAAAUUCAAGAAAAUCAAGAAAAUCAAGAAAAUCAAGAAAAUCAAGAAAAUCAAGAAAAUGAAUAUGAAUAUGAAAAUGAUUAUGAAUAUGAAUAUGAAAAUGAAAAUGAAAAUGAAAAUGAAAAUGAAAAUGAAAAUGAAAAUGAAAAUGAAAUUGAAAUUGAAAAUGAAAAUGUAAAUGAAUAUGAAAAUGAAUAUGAAAAUGAAUAUGAAAAUGAAAAUGAAAUUCAAAUUGAAAAUGAAAAUGAAUAUGAAUAUGAAAACGAAUAUGAAUAUGAAAACGAAAAUGAAGGUAAAGAAAAAGAAAUACAAGAUUUAUUAAUGAUUGAUUUAAAAAAAGAGAAUAUUGAUAGUGAUGAAAGUGAACAUAGCUUUAAUUAUAUUAGUGAUCUUAAUAAUGAUUAUAGUGAUAGUUAUGAUGAUAAUAAUAAUAAUGAAUUUGAAAAUAAUAUAAAAAUUAAAAAUGUAUCACUUCCACCAUUAGUUUGUUCUCAUGCAUGUGCUAGAACUAAUGAAGAUUAUUGGAGAUUAAAAUGUAUUUUAUUUUUUGAUGAAAAUGAUCAAGUCGAAAAACCUUUAGAUUGGAAAGUUUAUCAACAAAGUAACCCAAGUUUUAAAGAAAUCAAUUUAGUUACAUUUUUAAAAUAUUAUAAACAUUUUCAAAAGGAUCCAUUAACUGUUAGAGUAUUAGGUAUAACGGAUUUUAUUCAUUCAUAUGCAAAGGUUGCAAUUUUACCCUUUUUUUCAGAAAUGGAAUGGUCUUUGAGAGUGGCACAUUUCAAUAGUAAAGUGACAUGUUUAAAAUCGGCAAAGAUUUUAAGAGAGGUAUUCACCCAUCCCUCAACUAAAACCAUUCCAAAGAGAACACUGACCCAAUUGGGUAUCUUUGGCAAAUAUCAGCCUUAUUUGGGCGACAAUCAAAGGUUGGAGUUUUUAGGCGACUCAGUUUUAAAGUUGGUCAGUACUAUAUACCUCUUUUUCAAGUAUCCCAAAAUGAGUGAAGGUUUCUUGUCACAAACUAGAAGUGAUUUCACAAAGAAUGAUCAUUUACUCGACGUUUCAAAACGUCUUGGAUUAGAAGAAAUCUUACGUUUCACAACAGAGGAAGAAUUUAGGAAACCACAAGCCGAUGUAAUUGAAGCAUUAAUAGGUGCUGUCUAUAUUGAUCGUGGUUUCUUUGAAGCCUAUAAACUAACAGUUUGUUGGAUUUUUGAUGAACCCGAUGCCGAAUAUCCAAUUUAUAAUACAAAAUUUGAAGAAACUUUGGCCCACCAAGAGAUACGUGCUUUUUUAGAUGGAAUUGGUGUACAUAUUAGUCAUUCAUCAUUGUUGGAGGAGGCACUCUGCUUUCCCUAUUCGUUUCAUUCUGCCUCAAAAUCUUACCAACGUUUAGAGUAUGUGGGUGAUGCAGUUUUAGAUUUCUUUGUAUCGGAUUUCCUUUAUGCCACCUUUCCUUUGGCUCAAGAAGGUCAAUUAACAGAUUACCGUUCUCGUUUAGUUAGAAACUCCAAUCUAUCAUCAAUUAGUAGAAAACUUUGUUUACCUCCUACUGUAUCAAAAGGAAUUCGUGAUACAUUACCAAUAAAAAAACUAGGUGAUUAUUUGGAAUCUUUUAUUGGUUGUUGUUUUGUUGAUACCACUCAAUCAUUUGAAUAUACAAAAUCUUUGGUUUAUAAGUAUUUGGAUUUAAGAAUUGAUAAUCCAUUAUUUGAAUUUCCUUCACGUUCUGCCUACUUGUCUAUUCAUUUAAGAUCAGAUAGUGAAGAUGAUUUAAAAUUCUCUGAAACUGAUUAA